AUGGCUUUGUCGUCUACGACCUCCAUUAGCGGCUCGAACUCUGGACUUCAGAUAGGGCAAAAUUAUGGUCCUAUCACCGCAAAUUUUAAUCCCACCACCGAGCAGUUUGAGAUAUCGGCAAAUCGAGCAUGCCUGCGGGAUUUGCAGACGACCAAUCCUCGCCAUGACAAGGAUCGUAUCGAGAAGGACAAGGGUGGGCUACUCAAAGACGCAUAUUGCUGGAUUCUUGAACAUGCUGAUUUCAAACAAUGGCGCUCUCAGGAGCAAUGUCAGUUGCUCUGGGUAAAAGGGGACCCUGGGAAGGGUAAAACGAUGCUCCUGUGCGGAAUUAUCGACGAGCUGUUGAUCGCUUCUGACUCUGCUGUCGUGUCGUUCUUUUUCUGCCAGGCUACCGACGUACGGUUAAACCACGCGACUGCAGUCCUUCGCGGCCUUAUCUUCAUGCUAGUUGAGCAGCAGCCAUCUCUCGUCUCUUAUAUACGGCGCCAGUACGAUAAGGCUGGAAAGCAGACUUUUGAAGAUGUUAAUGCGUGGGAAGCUCUGUCAGAAAUCCUCACCGGUAUCCUCAAGGAUCUGAGGUUACAGACCACCUAUUUAAUCAUCGAUGCUCUCGACGAAUGUACUACGGGCCUAAAUCGACUCCUUGACCUCCUUGCUCAGAAAUCAUCAGUAUACCCACAUAUCAAAUGGAUCGUCUCGAGCCGUAACUGGCCAGCUAUUGAAGGGACUCUCGACGCGGUAAAGCAAAAAACAAAGCUUUGGCUUGAAUUAAAUGAGAAGUCUGUCUCAAAGGCUGUCGCCGCUUUUAUCCACUACAAAGUUCAGAAAUUGAGUGAACAAAAAAAAUAUACUAAUGAGAUCUGCGAUGCUGUUUCCCGACACUUGUUGUCAAACGCACAUGGAACCUUUCUCUGGGUAGCCUUGGUGUGCAAGGCACUCGCCGAUGUCCCUCGGAGACACGUCCAAAAGAAGUUGAAAGAAUUCCCUUCGGGCCUUGAUGAGCUUUAUCGGCGUAUGCUAGGUCAAAUCGACGAUUCAGAUGAUGCUGAACUUUGCAAGUCGCUUCUGAGCGUUAUCACGACCGUUUACCGACCUAUCACGUUGGAUGAAUUACCGUUUUGUAUGGACUUGCCUGAAGAAGUCGUGGACGAUUUAGAUCUAGCAGAGAUUGUAGGGCUUUGUGGUUCUUUCCUCACAUUGCGGGGACGCACGAUCUCUCUUGUUCAUCAGUCGGCCAAGGACUUUCUGCUUCGAGACGCGGUUCAUGAAGUUUUUCCGCACGGAAAAGAUGGAGUACACGAUUUUAUUGCCUUAAAGUCGUUGCAAGCUAUGUCUGGUGCGCUACGAUGCGACAUCUACAGCCUCUUUCACCCUGGAUACCCAAUCCACAUGGUUAAGCAGCCGGAUCCAGACCCGCUAGUUGCCCUACGCCCCGCCGGCAGCCUAACUAGAAAACAAUUCCGGGCAAAGGAACCGGCUUGGGUAAUUGCGAAGCCAGCCAUGCCAGAUGAUUGGAGCGCUUGCCUCCAGACCCUUGAGGGUCAUAGCAAGCGGGUCAACUCAGUCAUAUUUUCCCAUGAUUCGAAACUCCUCGCCUCAGGUUCGGACGAUGGCAUGAUCAAGGUGUGGAAUGCUGAUAGCGGCGAAUGCCUCCAGACCUUCGAGGGUCAUAACGACUCGGUCAACUCGGUCACCUUUUCGAAUGAUUCAAGGCUCCUCGCCUCGGCUUCAGUUGAUCAGACGAUCAAGGUGUGGGAAACCAGCAAUGGUGAAUGCCUCCAGACCCUCAAAGGUCAUAGUGAGUGGGUCAACUUUGUUACCUUCUCUCAUGACUCGAAGCUUCUUGCCUCAGCUUCAGGCAUCUACGCAUAUGAUCCGUUCGAUGAUGAUUUUGGCAGCGACUGCCUAAACUCUCUCGGGGGCUAUAGCGGCUCAGUUAACUCGGUCGAUUUCUCUCAUAAUUCGAAGCUCCUCUCAUCAGCUUCAGAAAAUAACACAUUAAAGUUGUGGGAUACUAAUAGCGGCCACUGCCUCUAUACCUUAAAGGGUCAUAGCAAGCGGGUCAACUCAGUAACAUUUACCUAUGAUUCGAAUGUCCUCGCCUCAGGUUCAGACGAUGGCAUAGUCAAAGUAUGGGAUGCCAAUAGCGGCGAAUGCCUCCAGACCCUAAAGGGCCAUAGCGGCUUAGUUACCUCAGUCACCUUCUCCCAUGAUUCGACGCUCCUCGCCUCGGCUUCAUACGAUUGCACGGUCAAAGUAUGGGAUACGAGCAGCGGCGAAUGCCUCCAGACCUUAAAGGGCCAUAGCGACUCGGUCCGCUCAGUCAACUUCUCCUAUGAUUCGAAGCUCCUCGCCUCGGCUUCAUACGAUUACACGGUCAAAGUGUGGGAUACCAGCAGCGGUACUUGUCUCCAAACCCUCGAUGGUUAUGGUCACUCGGUCUCGUUGGUCGUCUUCUCCUAUGAUUCCAAGCUCCUCGCCUUGCUUUCAGACAGUCGCACGGUCAAAUUGUGGGAUACUAGCAGUGGAAGUUGCCUCCAGACCCUAAAGGGCCAUAGCGACUCGGUCCGCUCAGUCACCUUCUCCUAUGAUUCGAAGCUCCUCGCCUCGGCUUCAUACGAUUGCACGGUCAAAGUAUGGGAUACGAGCAGCGGCGAAUGCCUCCAGACCCCAAAUGGCCAUAGCGACUUGGUCCGCUCAGUCACCUUCUCCUAUGAUUCGAAAAUCCUAGUCUCCCUCUCAGAUGAUAGCACGACCAAGGUGUGGGAUGUCAACAACGUAUUUGUCUUUCUUUAG